CUGCUCCUGUCUCAAAGUGCUCACUUCAUCUCUGUCUGACCGCGGAGAGGGAGCUCGUCAUGCUGAGGAACGGCACGUACAGAAGCAUGUACCAGGGAGAGGAGGCGAGGCUGCGCAGCGGGAGUCUGGCUCAGGAGAGGAAACACCUUGCUCUGUGCAUUAAUAGCCAGGAAGAAGUGAAGAGGUAUCAUCGCUACUGCAACCACAGUGGAGGGCAAGCAGUUUCCAAGGUGGAGAGAAGCCGUCCCCAUAGGAGCGAGGAUGAGGAUGACAAUAGCCCUCAUCGCCGCGAGCAAUGGCAGCAUCUAGAGAUCAAGGCUAUUGUGAUCCAGCGUGCCUGGCGUGCCACCGUCACCCGCAGAGGGAGCUGGCAUGGGCAAGACAAGAACCGUACCAGUCAUCAUCAGGAUGAGACGGUGCCUUCAAAGAGCCUCCAGGACCCUGUGAUGACCACCAAUAUUUCUCCGGAGCAGCUGAAGAGCCUCCAGAGUGGCCUCAAGCAUGUUAAUGAUGGAGAUUUCCAGCUGCAGAGUAAUCAUCUGACCAUGGACCUAGACAACAACAUCAAUAUCAACAUGCCGCCCUUUGAGACCAAGGUGUUGAUUAUUCAGCGCGCCUGGCGUGACUUCCUCCAUAGACAGGAAGCAGAGAAAAGAAGCCCCUCCCCGCCCUCCCUCUCCUCCUCUGACAAGAUGAGCAUGUCAAUCAGCAUGACGACUCUAUCAGAUGGCAGCACCCCAGGCCUCACAACCCAGACAACAACUCUAACGAUGCAGAGAGAGAGAGAGAGAGAGAGAGAUGGAGGGAUGUGA